AUGUCUGAAGCAAAAAUAUCACAAUUAGUUAAAAGGCGUGGAACAAUAAAAAGUAAAAUCAGUAGCUUUUCAAAUUACAUAAAUGUAGUAAAAGAUGAUUCAGUGUUGCCAAAUUCCCCGCUUUUUAACGAAAUUAAAUUACGUCUUGAAAAGAUUGAUGCCUUAUAUGAGGACUUUGAUACUCUUCAGACGGAGAUUGAAGAGCUUACGGAGGAUCCCGACCUGAGAUAUCAGGAGCGGGAGGCCAUCGAGAACCAGUACUACGUCGCGAUCGGCACGGCGAGGGCACUGCUCGAGCCGUCCCCUGCGGCCGCUGCGCUCGCGCUCAACGGUUCUGAGAGGAAGACACGGUGGCACACGUCACACGGGGAGCUGCGAGAGGGGUCACUUGUCCUUAUCAAGGACAAGUCUGCACCUCCAUUGAUGUGGUCGCUUGGCCGCAUCCUCCGAACGUUGCCUGGCAGAGACGGCAUAGCCAGGGUCGCCGACAUCAAGACAAAGAAGGGCGUUCUUCGUCGCGCCUACAACACCAUCUGUCCGCUGCCAACAACAUUAAUUGAAGACAAGGCUUCAAGGCGGGCAGUAUAG